CGUUAUGCAGCGUAAUGCUCCGCUUGCCUCACAGAGCUACUGAUGGUCAGGUGGGUUCAAAUGCUGUUUGAUUUUCCAGAGAGAGGUUUGAAGCUGGACUGAAGAGGCAGGGACAAUAACAGGAAGCGGGUAGAGGAACGACUGGGCUGGGCUGAUCACUUUUGCCACUGGAGUGGCCUGAUUGUUUAGUGAACAACUCUGUGGGAGCUCAAACAGGUUCACAAGCAGCUGGACAAUAGGCAACACUGAUCUGAAACUGAGAAGGAUAUUUUACUGGACUUAUUUACACACUGUAGGAAUCGUUGAAUCAAGGAAGAUUGUUGAAAGGACCUAAAUUGAUGAUGAAACAUUCUGCCUGGAGGCAGAUGACUGAGCCUGGCUUUUGGGCAGGUUUCUUGGUCAUUUUAUGUACCCUCAGUAUGGCGUUGGACGUCCACCAAGCUCUGAAAUCUCCUUCCAUGCACGGCAGGGUUCUUCAAAGACAAAAGAGAGAAUGGAAAUGGGACAAACUUUAUGCGUAUGAGGAAAUUGAUCCAAAAAACCUACCUGAAAAAAUUGGAAAGCUAGAAAAUACGAAUUAUGCUGAGCACACACAAUAUAAGCUGUAUGGGGAAGGUGCCAAUACAAUUUUUACUGUGAAUUAUGCGGGAGAUAUAUUUAUCAAUGCUAAGUUGGACCGAGAAAAGAAGAAAUCCUACAAACUCUCAGCUUCACUCACUGACAUUUUCGGACAGCCGAAAGACAAAAAUGAUUCUUUUGACAUUGUGCUGCUUGAUGUCAAUGACAAUAUACCUGUUUUUCCACCUGACCUCUCUGGAUCCAUCAGUGAAUCAUCUAAAACAGGAAACCUAGUGAUGACAGUAAAAGCAGCUGAUGCAGAUGAUCCAACCACUCCGAAUGGAAAGAUUGAAUACAAACUUUUGAAUGGGACAGACCUUUUUCAAAUCAGCAAUGAAGGUGAAAUCAGUAACUUAAAAAGCACACUUGACCGAGAAAAACAGAAUCAGUAUCUGAUAGAAGUACAAGCCAAAGAUAUGCCAGGAUCAACUGCAGGAAAUACUGCUACAACCAUAGUGACCAUCAACAUUAAUGAUAUCAAUGACAACAUUGCUACCUUCAAGAAAGGAAAAUACCAAUUUAAUGUGAGAGAAGACAUAAAACCAGGAUCUGAUAUUGGCAUAAUUGAAGUGGAGGACAGAGAUGAGAUACAAAACAAAAAUCCAACAUUUACUUUGCAUAAAUAUAAUGAUGUGUUUAACAUUACACUAAAUAAUGAAAAAGAUGGAAUUCUUCGCCUCAACAAUAUUCUUGACUACGAAAGUAGGGCGACGUACAAUUUUUUCAUAAAUGUGGAUGAGGUAAUGUCUACAUCACCAGAUAACCAAGGACCGAACCUACUGAAGAGAGCCCAAAUCAUCAUCAAUGUAAUUGAUGUUGACGAACCACCAGUUUUCAACCAAACAGAAUACAAGUUCAGCAUUUAUGAGGGCCCUUUCAAGAAUUCAGUCAUUGGAGCUGUCUCAGCAAGCGAUCCAGAUAAAAUUGGUCACAAAAUACGGUACUUUAUUGAAGACCAACACUGUCCUGUAAGUGUACAUCCUAUUCAAGGGUAUCUUUCCUUAAAUAAACAACUGGAUAGAGAGCACGAAUCCUCCUACACAUGUCAAGUUACAGCACAAGAAGAUGUGCAAAAUGGUCAAAAAUCCUAUGCAAUGGUUAAUCUGAAAGUUCUUGACAUUAAUGACAACGCACCUGAACUAACGAACGGGAGCUACGUGUAUGUUUGCGAGAGUGACAAACCAGGCACAGUCAUUGGAAUUAUUGGUGCACGUGACCAGGAUGAGAAUUCUGGCAGAUUCCGCUUCACUUUGGCAAAAAAAAGUUCCAAUUUUUCCCUUCAUGACAACCUAGAUAACACUGCAAACAUUGUGCUGAAGCAAGGAGGUUUCAGUACAGAACACUCAAUGGAACACAUUCUUGAAAUUGAGAUUUCUGAUGGAGGCACACCAGAGCAAAAGAGCACUAACCCCCUCCACAUUAAAGUGUGCACGUGCCAGUCGGGUCGAAGGAUGGAGUACUGCAAGGCGUAUGCCCAGACUGGAGUGAGCGUUAGUGCGCUCUUAGCCAUUCUUCUCUGCAUCGUCACAAUCUUGGUCAUUGUCAUCCUCAUUGUAUUACGGAGGCGCCAUCAGAAAGAUGCUUUUGUCACCCUUGGCAAGUCAUCUGGAGACAUCCAUGAGCAGCUGGUGAGAUAUGAUGAGGAGGGUGGAGGAGAGAUGGACACGAACGGUUAUGACGUCUCCAUCCUGACCUCCGCCUGCCAUGACAGCAGCUUUCAGCCCACUCCUGGACCUGGACCGUUAUAUGCUAUGGUGAAGAAACCCCCGGCCUGUAAGGGUGACAUGGCUAUGAUGAUCGAUGUGAAGAAGGAUGAGGCAGAUCACGACCGUGAUGGGAUUCCCUAUGAUACAUUACACAUCUAUGGCUAUGAGGGAUCGGAAUCCCUGGCAGAUUCCCUGAGCUCUUUGGGCUCAUCUUCCAAUGCAUCCAGUUUGGACUACGACGUCCUGCAUGAAUGGGGACCACGCUUCAGGACCCUGGCUGAGCUUUAUGGAAUAGAUGGCUCUGACACUGAUAGCUCUUACUGAUCCUUAGAUAGGAAGAAGAUGAAAUCAAACUAAGGAUCUGUUAGAUGCUUAAAUACAGUAUGAUGCUGGCUCCUGUUGUCGUAGGAUUUGUGCCAGGGAUUUUUUAACCCCUUCAGACCUGAUUAUUCAGGUGUUAAAUCAGUGGGCCUUAUUUUGAUUGGUUGAUCAGCAUUAAAGUUAAGAAAGUGCCAAUACUUGUUUCAUUCAUGUAUUGUUAGAACAUUAUGACAAGCACUACAGUAUUUGUAAUUUUAAUAUAAUGUGGAUCAGUAUAAAAACUUUCCUACUUUUUGUACAGCUUUUUUAUACACUCUAAAAUGUAUUUGCUGCCUUAAAAUAUAAUCAAACUGGCUUUACAAGUCAUUCAACUUAAUACAUUUUGACUACACUUUCGUUUUUAAACUUUAAACAAUUUUAAGGCAGCAAAUAAAUGCGAAUUUUCACAGUGUGCAAAGUAACACUGGAACUGUUUUUUUUUUAUUCUUAAUUCAAACUUAAAUUCAGGUUAACUCAUGAUAACUUACUACUUUUUAUUUAGCUUCUUGUACUCCACAAAAAAGCAUCAGUUUUUUUUCAGUUAAGUUUUUUUUUCUAGACUCAUGGUCAGUUUUUUUCUAAAUGCUCCAUUGUUCAGCAGAUGACUCUUCACAUCAGGAAAAUCACUCUAUUGCCAUGGGAGCAACAGAGGAAGUGAAGAUAACUGUAUCUUGAAAGAAUUAAAGACUACUCCGAAUAUAUUUGACAGGAAUCAUCAGCACAUUGAUUGUUAUGUGUUAAGCCCAAAUCUCUAAGGUCGACCACUAUAAGGCAAUUGGAGACAUCUCAGGAAAUGUGUAGUAAAUUGUACGCUUGUUGAAAUGUGAGAAGUGAUCUGAAUAACCAUGUGAAUCAUGAGUAUAUAUUUAACUGGAUCCUAAGACAAUAAUGCACAGUUGAAGAUAGUUCAACCUAGUUUUAGAAAACAACAUAUUUACCAGUAUUGUAUAUCUGAAAGCAAGACCAGAGACUCUUCUUUCGUUGAAAAAUGCAUAAACCACCUUUUUCCUUAAAUAUUUACCUGUGUUCACAAUCUCUACCCUACUUCCCCUAUUAACCACAGGCACAAUAUGUGGAAGCCACCUUCUCCCUUUUCCUGUAGGGAAUUACUUGCCAAACACUCUUCUCCCAUCUCUGUGUAAAUGACCGGUUUUGUCACAAAUAUGUCAACUUCCCGUCUGUGUGCAGUGCAAGGAAACUCACUUCCUGUUCCCUUAUCUUUAAAGUGAAGGAACACAUUGGACUGUUUUCCUGUUUUUCGUCUUUGAGAGAUAAAGAAAGAAAACUUCAAGCAGGAAAAUGUUAAAGAACAACAUAAAUCAUGCUUUCUUUGUUACAAGGACAUUGUCUAUUCUUUAAGUGACAAAAGUGCUGUUCUUGCUUGAUUUCCUUAGUUUUCAAUUUAUUUCACCAUACAAUUUGACUACAAUUAUUUGUAUACGAACUGUUUGCCUAAAUUAUUAUCUCUUCCUUAUAGUUGCACUGUAUCUAUAUUAUCAUGUUGGUUUUUAAAUUAGAUGUACAAUCACUAGAACACAUAUAUAAAUAAUUGUUGGGCUUAGACUAUUAUCUUGUGAUAAUAAGAACUUACUUAAAAUAUUCUAAUAAGGGAAAUAUUCAACAACAACAAAAAAACUGUACAGAAAAACUGGAACUAUAGAUAAAUAUGAAAGGCUUUAGUUCACUGUAUUUGUAAUUGUUUCUUACUGUUGUCAUAAUCCUUCUGUGUAUGCUGUUGAAUCGGUUAUACUUGACAAUAAUGGCUGUUUUGUAAUGUAGAGUCUAGUGUGUUGAAUGAGCAUUUUUAUAAAUGAACAGAUUUCUCAGUCUGUGUCUGAGCUGGUCCAGUAGAUGUCAGUGUUGGGCAGUCAGACUAAACAUUUUAUAGUGAUGUUCUUGUACAUGUUAGAGGGAAAACAAUAUGUGCCUUUUUUCUAUCGUUUUUAUUGUUAAAUUGUUCUUUUUGUCUUUGAAAACUACUGAUUUUGUAUUUGAGUAUUAAACCUCACACUCCAUAAA